UUAAAAUUCGCGUUUGUCCACAACAAACAGUACCAAGAAAAAAUCAAGGAUGGAGUACAUUUUUCAUGAAAGGCAAGAGGGCUCUCUAUGUGCGCAACAUUGUUUGAAUGCACUUCUUCAGGGCCAGUACUUUACUGCAGUAGAUUUAGCUGAAAUAGCGCGACAGUUGGAUGACUCCGAGCGAAACCAAAUGGCAGAAGGUGGUGUCGAUACAGAGGAGUAUAGGAAAUUUUUAGAGGAACCUUCCAGUAACAUGGAUGACAGUGGCUUCUUUUCAAUUCAAGUCAUACAGAAUGCUCUAAGUGUGUGGGGUUUAGAGCUUGUCCCUUAUAAGAGUCAGAAUCCUAUUGCUCAAGCUGCCCAGGCCUUACCUACAAGUCAGCAUGCCUAUAUAUGUAACUUCAAGGAGCACUGGCUGUCCAUUAGGAAGCUUGGGAAUCAGUGGUUCAACCUCAACUCACUGCUCACUGGUCCAGAACUUAUCUCUGAUACCUACCUUGCCAUGUUACUUACACAGCUUCAACAAGAAGGUUACUCCAUAUUCAUAGUAGUGGGAACUUUACAAGAGACAGAUGCUGACCAGAUAUUGAAACUCAUGCCUGCUGUUCAGCCAAUCAAACCAAAGCUCAUAAGUGAUCUCAAUAAGCCAGACAAAUCAGGUGGUGCAAGCAAGGCAACCGUUGACCAGGCAGCACUUCAGAGAGCACUCGAUGAAAGUCAACAUUUAAUGCAAUCACAAGAUGAAGCUGAUCUAGAAGCAGCCAUGAGACUAAGCAUGGAAGGCCUUUCUCCUGAUGAACCUGGUCCUUCCACGUCUACCACCAAACAGCCAGAUCCCGAAGAGCUUAGGAGAAAAAGACUAGCUUAUUUAGACAAUAUAGAAAAACCUUCACUAGAUAAAGAAAAACCAGUUUCAGAAAUGUCUGAAGAAGAUCAACUACAAGCUGCCAUCAACAUGUCAAUGUCUUCAUCUUGA